AUGGAAGAUCCAAAAUUAGAAAAACAUUUCAAAAGUCAUCGUAGUACCGUUACAUCGCUUAGUUUUUCACCUAAUACAAAACAACUUGUAUCGGGUAGUUUGGAUUCAUGUCUAUUUCUUUGGCCAUUUAAACCUCAAAUUCGGGCUUAUCGUUUCGUCGGUCAUAAUGAUGCUGUUUAUUCAGUAUGUUUUUCUCCAUCGGGUCAUUUAAUUGGGUCUGGUUCAAAAGAUAAAAAAGUUCGUCUAUGGAUUCCAAGUGUAAAAGGUGAAUCAACUGUAUUUAAAGCACAUACAGCUGCUGUUCGAUGUGUUGAUUUUUCAAGUGAUGGUCAAAGUUUAUUAAGUUCAUCAGAAGAUAAAACAAUUAAAAUUUGGACUGUACAUCGACAAAAAUUUCAAUUUUCACUUAAUCAACAUUCAAAUUGGGUUCGUUGUGCAAAAUUUUCACCUGAUGGAAGAUUAAUUGUUAGCUGUAGUGAUGAUAAAACAGUUAAAAUAUGGGAUAGAAAUACAAAUGAAUGUAUGCAUACAUUUUAUGAACCACAUGGAUUUCUUAAUGAUGUAGCUUUUCAUCCAAGUGGUACUUGUAUUGGUGGUGGUUGCACUGAUGCAAGUGUUAAAAUUUGGGAUAUUCGAACACGUAAACUUAUUCAACAUUAUGCAAGUAAGAAUUGAAUAUUCGUUUUCUUUUUCCCUACU